GGGAGUGGCUUGUAUUCUGCUAACUGACAAGAUGGCAGGAUCAGGACUUCGUCCUCUAGUGGAGAGCGAGUGUGGGGCAGCUAAUCCUCUAGUACAAUGGACCUCUCACUUCACACAGCAGAAGUCUAUGCUACAAGGAGGUUUGGAUGGGGACAGGCUGACAGAAGUAACGGGACUAGUGGGUGGUGGAGAGACAGCCCAACAGUUGGUGGGGGAGUUCUUGGGAGAAUCACGAGUGCCACAGACCUUUAGAAUGAGCUCUCUCCUGCACAGAGCACAAGCACCACCUGACACUAGCACAGAAGUGGGUGAGUGGGUGACUGAGUUCUCCCACCCACAACCUCCUCCUACACUAGAGUCAUCUUGGAUCAGAGAGUUUGAGUCUUCUAGGACAUCGGAAGAGCAACGUUGGGUGGAAGAGUUUCAACAGACAUCAGUUCAAAGCGUUGCUAAAGAGAUGACCAAUACAGUGACUGAUCCUGACAUUCAGGCCACUGAGUUUAUGGACUUUGUGAGGUCAAUGGCUUCUGGGGAGGUACCUGCAACUAAGCAAGAGGACUGGAGUGAGCAGUUUGAGAGAGGCGCUAGUAAUGGAGGGUUCUGGUCUGAGCUGGAGAAAGAAUGGACAGAUCUCUCCAGAGAACAAGAGAGUCAUCCAUGGCUGUCAGAGUUCUCCCAGCCUCUCACUGACUAUUCUUUUACUCCUGACAAUCCUCUGUUGGAUGUGUCAGAUCCAUUAGCUGAGGGUCUCAAGAGAAGAAAGGAAGGUGACCUGCCAUCAGCUGUACUCUUGUUUGAGGCUGAGGUACAGGCUCGACCAGACAGUGUACAGGGAUGGCUGUAUCUGGGCAGCACUCAGGCAGACAAUGAACAAGACCUCCCUGCCAUUGCUGCAUUACACAAGUGUUUGUGUCUGGAGCCUGGCCACCUAGAAGCACAUCAAGCCCUGGCUGUGAGCUACACUAACGAGUCCCAACAGAACAAGGUACACACACACAGUGUGUUGAGAAUGCCUGGCAUAGAGGCAGUGCUGCACUUCUCUAGUCAGCCUGUACUAAUCUUGAAGGCACUGGAUGCUCUCAGAGCUUGGAUACAACACAACCCAAAAUAUGCCCAUUUACACUCUCCACAACAAGACAAGCCCUUCACUGGCUCCUUCAUGACAAGAGAAGAGCAUGGACGUGUGAAGGACCUGUACUUAGCAGCAGCUCAAAGUUCACCUGAUGAAAUGGACUAUCAUGUGCAAGUGGGUCUUGGUGUUUUGUUCAACUUAUCUCAGGAAUAUGACAAAGCAGUCGAUUGUUUCUCAGCUGCUCUCGACACUAGACCUGACGAUGCCAUGCUUUGGAACAAGCUUGGAGCCACACUGGCAAAUGGUAACAGAAGUGAGGAAGCUGUGGCCGCAUACAGAAAAGCUCUUGAGAUAAUUCCUGGAUUUACUCGAUGUCGAUACAAUCUCGGAGUUAGCUGCAUUAACUUAGGAGCCUACAAGGAAGCUGUUGAACACUUGUUGACUGCCCUGAAUAUCCAGCGAGAAGCCAAGGGUCCACAAGGUUCAAGACCCGUCAUGUCUGAGAGUGUGUGGAGCACUCUUAGAUUAGCCGUCACUUUCCUAGGGAGCACAACAGAACGCCUUGCACUAGUAGAACAACGUGACCUUAAUGGUCUUAUUGCAGAGUUUGGAUUAUAAUAAACUAACUAUUGUUUUUAUGAUCAUAAUAAUAUUUAUUACUUGUACACAUAAUGUUUAAUAAUGUUAAUUACCGA